CCCUCCCUCCCUCGUCCCUCCUCCCCCUCCUCGGCGCUGGCGGCGGCGGCGCCGCCUCCGGGGAAGAUGGCGCUGCACUUGCAGAGUUUGGCCGAAUUGGAAGUAUUAUGCAACCAUCUCUAUGAGGGGACUGAUCUUGCACAACGGAUGCAAGCUGAGAAAGUUCUCUUGGAACUUAUUGGCAGCCCAGAAUGUCUAAACAAGUGUCAACUUCUAUUAGAGCAAGGAACAACAUCCUAUGCUCAACUCCUUGCAGCAACCUGCCUUUCAAAACUUGUCAGCAAAGUGACUCCUUUGCCUAUUGAACAAAGGAUAGACAUCAGGAAUUACAUUCUGAAUUAUGUAGCUUCGCAACCCAAGCUCGCACCCUUCGUCAUACAAGCACUUGUUCAAGUAAUUGCUAAAAUCACCAAGUUAGGAUGGUUUGAGGUUCAAAAAGAUCAACUCAUCUUCAGAGACAUUAUUACUGAUGUGAAAAAGUUUUUGCAGGGUACUGUGGAACAUUACAUAAUAGGAGUGAUGAUCCUUUCAGAAUUGACUCAGGAAAUGAAUCUGGUUGAUUAUUCUAGACCUUCAGCAAAACAUCGGAAAAUAGCUACUUCAUUCCGAGACACCUCUUUAAAGGAUGUUCUGGUGCUGGCUUGCUCUCUGCUGAAAGAAGUGUUAGAAAAACCUUUAAAUCUUCAGGACCAAUGCCAGCAAAGUCUGGUAAUGCAUCUCUUGAAACUUGUCCUCAAUUGUCUUAAUUUUGACUUCAUUGGAAGCUCAGCAGAUGAGUCUGCAGAUGAUCUUUGCACUGUGCAGAUACCAACAACCUGGAGAACAAUCUUUCUGGAACCGGGCACUUUGGAUCUGUUCUUCGAUUUGUACCAUUCCCUUCCACCACUACUAUCUCAAUUAGCACUUUCUUGCUUAGUUCAAUUUGCUUCUACACGGAGAUCUUUAUUUAGCAGCCCUGAACGUGCAAAGUAUCUUGGAAACUUAAUUAAAGGAGUGAAACGGAUUCUUGAAAAUCCUCAGGGUUUGGCUGAUGCAGGUAAUUACCAUGAAUUCUGUCGAUUUUUGGCUCGUUUAAAGACAAACUAUCAAUUGGGAGAAUUAGUAAUGGUGAAGGAUUACCCAGAAGUUAUCAGAUUGAUAGCUAAUUUUACUAUUACUAGCCUCCAGCACUGGGAAUUCGCUCCAAACAGUGUUCAUUAUUUGUUGACUCUGUGGCAGAGGAUGGUAGCAUCGGUACCUUUUGUGAAAUCAACCGAACCUCACCUGUUAGACACGUAUGCACCAGAAAUCACAAAAGCCUAUAUUACGUCUAGAUUGGAAUCUGUCCCUAUAGUUGUAAGAGAUGGUUUGGAUGAUCCGCUGGAUGAUGCAGCAAGUGUAUUUCAACAGCUCGAACAACUCUGCACCGUAAGCAGAUGUGAAUAUGAAAAGACUUGUGGUAUUCUCAUUCAGUUGUUUGAUCAGAGUGCUCAGAAUUACCAAAAAUCACUGCAGGCUUCUAACAGGAAUCCCUUAGAAAUAGCAGUCCAGGAAGGACGACUCGCAUGGCUGGUGUACUUGGUUGGUACUGUUGUAGGGGGAAGAUUAACUUACACCAGUACAGAUGAACAUGAUGCUAUGGAUGGUGAAUUAUCUUGCCGAGUUUUCCAGCUUAUAUCAUUGAUGGAUGCUCAGUUGCCUCAGUAUAGCAAUGAGAAAGUAGAACUUGCCAUUCUCUGGUUCUUGGAUCAGUUCCGUAAAACAUAUGUUGGUGAUCAGCUUCAGCGGACCUCAAAGGUAUAUGCUCGAAUGUCAGAAGUCCUGGGGAUCACAGAUGACUACCAUGUUCUAGAAUCAUUCAUGGCAAAAAUUGUUACAAACCUUAAAUUCUGGGGAAGAUGUGAGCCUGUAAUUGCAAGGACUCUGCAGUUCCUAAAUGAUCUUUCUGUUGGGUAUAUCCUUUUAAAAAAACUUGUGAAAAUAGAUGCUGUGAAAUUCAUGCUUCAAAACCAUACUAGUGAACACUUCCCCUUUUUGGGUGUCAGUGACAAUUACAGUCUCAGUGACCUUAGAUGCCGAACAACAUUUUAUACAGCUCUUACUCGCCUCCUCAUGGUAGAUCUAGGUGAAGAUGAAGAUGAAUUUGAAAAUUUCAUGUUACCUCUCACCAUUUCAUUUGAAACAGUAGCUCAAAUAUUCAACAACAAUUUUAAACAAGAGGAGACAAAGCGUAUGUUGAUCGGGCUGGCAAGAGAUCUUCGAGGGAUUGCCUUUGCACUGAACACAAAGACCAGCUACACCAUGCUGUUUGACUGGAUCUACUCAGCAUAUCUUCCUAUUCUUCAGCGAGCUAUUGAACUCUGGUACCAGGAGCCUGAAUGCACAACUCCCAUCCUGAAACUUAUGGCAGAAUUAUUGCAAAAUAGAUCUCAGCGUUUGAAUUUUGAUGUAUCAUCUCCUAAUGGAAUUCUUCUUUUCAGAGAGGCUAGUAAAAUGAUUUGCACAUACGGUAAUCAGAUCCUGUCCCUGGGGACCCUCUCAAAAGAUCAGGUUUAUCCCCUGAAACUCAAGGGCAUUUCCAUCUGCUAUUCUGCUCUCAAAUCUGCUUUAUGUGGAAAUUAUGUCAGCUUUGGCGUCUUCAAGUUGUAUGGGGACAGCCACUUUGACAACGUACUCCAAGCCUUUGUCAAAAUGCUACUUUCAGUAUCCCACAGUGACUUACUACAAUAUCGAAAACUGAGCCAGUCUUAUUACCCUCUCUUGGAAUGUCUCACCCAGGACCAUAUGGGUUUCAUUACCAGUUUAGAAGCCCAUGUGCUAAUGUAUAUUCUUACUUCAAUUUCUGAAGGACUUACUGCCCUGGAUACAAUUGUCUCCUCCAGCUGUUGUACAAGUUUAGAUUAUAUUGUUACCUACCUCUUCAAGCAUAUAGCAAAAGAAAGCAAGAAAUCUCUAAGAUGUAGAGAAGUUUCACAGGACGGUCAGAGAUUGCUGCACUUCAUGCAACAGAAUCCAGAUAUAUUACAGCAGAUGAUGUCAGUGCUCAUGAACACUAUCGUUUUUGAAGACUGCCGAAACCAGUGGUCGGUGUCAAGACCCCUGCUUGGACUUCUGCUUCUUAAUGAAAAGUAUUUCAGUGAGCUGAGGAGAAGUUUGAUAAGCAGCCAACCUGCCAGCAAGCGAGAGGCCCUUGACCAGUGCUUCAGGAACCUCAUGGACGGCGUAGAGCAAAACCUGCUGGUCAAGAACAGAGAUAGAUUCACUCAGAAUAUGUCUGUCUUCAGAAGAGACAUGGCUGAAGCCUUGCGCAGCGAUGGGAACACGGAAUCCAGCAGCCUCGACAUGAUGAGUUGACCCCGACCUUGGAACCUUAAGUGGUAAAUAAUAUCCCAAUAGACUUAGGCAGUUUGGGACCUAAGAACAUUGCAGUUGGCUGGGCCUAUGGAGACUAUUUUUGAACAAUAUUUGCGUUUUUAUAACUCUGACCCAAAUGUGAGAAUUUAUAGCAGUGGCAACAAUGUAAAAAUCACAAUGUUCACUUGGAAAAGAAAGUGUUUUCAGCCUUUGUAUCAAAAUCAGUAAUCCCUGUUCUUGUAGCUCUGUGAAAUGGUUUAGAAACAGUACUUAACCAAAGAAAUCAAAUAAAUACAGAUUCACUCCUAAAUCGGUAUUAGUUAAUGAUUUGGAAAUCCUGCAAGUAAUAGUUCUUUGGAGGGGAAAAAAAAAAAUUAAGGGACUCUUCUUUUCAGUAUGGAACGCUUUGCCUGAAGUAGAGGUACAGAGAUUGAUCCAAAUGCCAUUUGAACUUGUUAAAUUAAUAAAGGUCGUUAUUUUUGUAUGAACCCGGCGCUGUGGCUGUCAGGAUGCUGAGAUAACAGGCACUCAGGCCAGGAGCGGGGAGCACUCUCUCCGAGGCACCAUGUGGGGCCAGACCCAGAGCGAGCUCUGCCACCGAGUGGCAUCUGAUAAAACCGAGAGACAGUAACACAAUUAAAUGCCUUACAAACAACAUUUCCUUUUCACAAACAUAAAUUUUGAAACAUACAGCCUAUAAAACUGAAGAUGGCAACUGUUAAAUGCUACUCCGUUUCUCCCGAAAAAUGAAACAAGCUGCCCAGAAGAAGUGGGUAUACUCUAUCUGGUGCCGUUUAGAUUUAAGUGAAGAUGAAAGGCUGCGUCUAAAAUCGGAAAUGCAGCAGAUCCAUUCUGGCUGAUGCAGGGGCCGCGGAGAGCUGUGUCGGAGCCAAAAUGCAGCGUAUUCUAGAAUGUGAAGUUCUGGUUUAACAAGACUAAAACUUGUAUUGGGGGAAGAACAAUCCAUUACCAGGUGAUGAAGCAGAUGAAGAAAGGGUAGUCGAAAAUUGAGCAGGCUAAGCAAUAAGACAUUCUCAUUUUAAUGCACAGGAGAGAGAUGUAGGUAGGGUUGUUGCUGUCACGUUAUUUUUGUAUUACACUGACUUAUUUGCCCAGCUUAAUAAUACAUUCAUCACUGUCUUACGCAAAGUCAAAAAUACUUAAUUCUCACAAAUUUUAAAGGUUAAUAUGGAGAUGAGCCAUCAAUUUGGCAGUUUUCAGAGAUUUUUGUCUUUUUUGGCUCAUAAAUAUUUCAAUAUGUAUGUCAAGCAUAUGAUACGAAGCAUGAUCGUUCUGUUAAAUCUGACACAGUAUUUGCCCCAAAUGCAAAUGAAGUGGAACCACACAGGUGUAAAAGAGUAAGACGACAUUUAGAUUGGAUUUUGCAUGAUCACUGGUAGAUUAAAAAAUUUCCUGGAUAUGAAAGAAUGUCCAUUUUUUUUUAGUUUUUGGAAGAAUGUGAAAGACUUGAAUGAAGCAAAUUGUGGAUAUUAGCAAAUAUGCAUCACACCAAAGAGGUAUGGUUCUCUGUGGUUUGAUCUAGGACUUAUUCACAUGCCUGCCUGCCCGCUAAUGUGUCCCUUAAAAAUCACAUCUUUAUUCACUGUGCAGUUUAGAUUAGGUUUCACCCCAUGGAAAUGCCAUAAGUUUGCAUUAAAACAUUCAGAUGAAAACCGUAAA